CUUCUUCAUCCUCUCCAGUCCAUCAGGAAUGCCGGCAAGCCCGUCAGGCAGUAUUUCAACCGGGUUUGGCUGUAACAAAAGUGAUAUUAGAUCUUCAAAACAGCAAGAAUAUGUACAAGGUGUCACGAACCUUGAUUUCGCCCGAGGCAACGAGCUGCGUGAGAUUCUGGUAUAAUUCAAUUCCAAGUGCCCUAUGCUCAGGAACCUGCACCGAUCCGAGUGUGAAAACUAUUUUCUUAUACGGAGUUAGCUUCUCGUCAGGAACCUCGCUCGGAAGAGUAAGAACGAGUGUGCCCCCAGAAGCUGUGAUCUCAUACGCAAUCUCUUGGGUGGACCCGAACGAGAGACGACGAUCGAUUGUAUGUGUAGCACCUAGAGUCUUGACGAAAUCGUUGUUGUGGGGCGAAACGGUCGUGAUAAUAGAAUUCACUCUAAUUCGAAUAUAUCGCUCCAAGAGACUUACUGUAUUGUCCGACAGACGAAGACCCUCCGAAUAUCACGAUAGGCUGACCGGCGUACUUUCCUCUUCCGCCAGGUUUCCAAAGGGGAGUAAGCUCUGCGCCACCGCCCUCCCGUGCCUGAGCGUAGAGCCCAGUGACACCAGUAGCAAUGCCGAGAGGGAUCGUAGCGGCUUGGUCAAAAGUGAUGUUAUCUGGUAUCUGUGAAGAUGAGCUGAAUGCAGUCACAUAAAACAGACAUACUAGAAGGAAGCGGACCUUGGCUGCAAUCUCAGCUGAAAUGAUUGUAUAUUGCUUGAAAGUCGCGAGGCGAUUCGCGAAAUAACCUUGGUGGAAGCUGAAGAUAAGUUUAAAAAUGAAUAAAACCCUUAUACGUCGCACCAAAAGACACGAUUGAAAACCUACAUCUUAUCGCCGACCGCGAAUUUGGUUACGCCCUCACCGAGAGCUACAACUACACCGGCAGCGUCAGUCCCCACGAUAGCGGGGUACUCCUUGACUGUGUGUAGGUAUCCCCAUGCUUUGAUCUUCCAAUCAACAGGAUUGAGAGCAGUGGAUUCGAUUCGGACAAGGACUUCACCUGGUCCAGGUUUAUCAACGCCAUAUGGCUCAAUGGUGAAGUCGCCUCGCUCAGUCUUGAGCAGAAGAACCUUCUGUUCGUUUGGAAUGGGCAUAUUUCUCGGUAUGAAUAGGGCCCCGGGAAACGUCCACGCGCUGUAUAUAUACUGCGAAUAAACCAUAACUGAUGCGAGUCUCUAAGUCGCUAGUGCACUUACUAAUCCAUGGCCGCCACCGUGGAUGCUUCGUG